AUGGAGAACAAAAAGGGAUGUUUCAAGCUUUUUGGUGUUAUUAUUUCAGAGCAAAAUCAACAUCAGAAUAUACAAAACAACGUUACCAAUUCGAAUUCGGAGACUUCUGCAGAAGACAAAGCUGAGGUUGAAGUGAUUGAAGCUCAUCCGAGGAAACGCAAAGCGGCACGUGCGACGCAAAUUAAAGUCAAGAGAUGGACGGAGGAGGAACAUCAAAAGUUUUUGAGUGGUCUGAAAUAUUGCGGAAGAGGAGAUUGGAAAGGAAUUUCAAAGUUCUUUGUGCCCACCAGGACACCAACGCAGGUUGCUAGUCAUGCUCAGAAGUAUUUUAUUUCACAGGCUUCAACUGACCGGAGGAAUUUUAGACCAAGCAUCUUUGAUUUGUCACUCAACCAAUCUGUACAACCUCCCAGAAAAGAUAAAUGGCUUCCAGGAAGUAGUAACGCGCCAUCGUUGUUGCCGUCGCCGUCGCCGUCACCAUCACCAUCACCAUCAUGUGUCGAGGCAUCGAGCCAUCUGAGAUCAGCUUAUGCACUCAUGCCUAUACCCUGGCUGACUAUGCAUUUGCCAUAG